AUGCAACUCAUCAAGCAUAUCAUCAAGUCUAGGGAUAGGAUGUCGAUACUUUACAGUGAUAUUGUUGAUGGCUCUGCAGUCCACACACAUGCGCCAACUCCCAUCUUUCUUGGGCACAAGAAGAACAGGAACAGCACAAGGACUCAUGCUUUCCCUGAUGUGACCCUUAUCCAUAAGCUCAUCAAUUUGGCGCUGGAGUUCUUUGGUUUCCACAGGAUUGGUUCUGUAUGCUGGACGGUUUGGAAGAGUGGAUCCAGGGACAAAGUCUAUUUGAUGCUCAAUGCCUCUGACUGGUGGCAAUCCCUUGGGUUCAACUACGAGCUUUUUAACUGCAACAACUUAAAUAUACGCUAUUGGAGCUGGAAUUACCGCGGCUGCUGGCACCAGACUUGCCCUCCAAUGGAUCCUCGUUAA